UGCAAGGUUGCUGUAGAGCCGCUCUUCAUGGAGGCUGUUCCUCCCCCAUACACCUCUACGACCACCUCAGGGUUACCAAGUAAUGCCCCGCCACCAAGCUAUACUUUUCCAACCAGCUUUACAAUUGGGGGGACACGGACGGAUUCACUCCUUGUUGAUAUCCCACACGUUCAAGGACACCUUGCUCUACUGCAUGCUUUCGCGCAGCUGAGAACCGAAAUUGAGGUUUCGGAGGUUUCGCUAACAGGUACAAAGAUACCUGAUAUGCCCGCCGAUAAAGAGAAACGAUGGGCUUGGUUUGUUGCGCUGGCUGUGGAACGCUUUGAUCGAUGGUGCCAGAAUUUGAAACCGGAGGAUGCAGCUAAACCUAUCAGCGAGAUUCUCCCACCUGUGGACGUAUUAAUGGUUUGGCACUCCUAUAUGUUGAAUCCGCGGUGGUAUGCAGAAGAUUGCUUGCGUCUGCCGCCGUGUCAGAACUUGAACUUGGUUGGCCUGACGUUCUCGGCCGCACUUGAGAAUAUCGGGCCUCUCCUAACCCUCUCUCCAUCCCGGGAAAGAGUUCAACUUUGGGAAACCAGAUGUUCCCUGCCCUUCAACUAUCGCGAAUCGGCGGCUGAGAUGAGGGACAAGAUCCUGACAUGCCCGCGCUGCUCGCACCCAAUUUCUACAAGAUUGAUGAAUGAAGCAGGGACUGGGUAUUUCCAGCAAGGAUUCGCUGUACAAUGCACGAGAAAAGACUGUGACUCUCCGAUACUUACGAAAGAACGCCUUGCUCUCAAGAAGCUUGCGGCGGACAUUGCCCGUCAGGGAACGACGGUUGAAGCUUGUCUCCCCGGUACCGUUCUUUCCACCACUGCAGAAUCAAAUUUGGAGGCAGGUAAGAGGAUCAAAUUGUCUGCGCAGAAACUCUCUUGGUCAAGAGUAGAGGCGGCCGAGAAGCCAACAUCCGGUGUUGAUGAAGAUUUGUGUUUCGCACUGAUGAAAGAAGCCGAUUUUUUUCUUCCCAAGCUCCGAGCGAAAUUAGGAAGGCAACCGAUAGUCCGCCGGAUCAUGAGUGCAUAUAAUGACGAUAAAAUCUACUCUGUAGAUCUUGUUGGUGCAGUGCUCCGUCAAGGAACAUUUGUUUUCAAGAUGGUUGACCUGGGGUGGACUCAACCGGGAUUUUUUGACAGUGCAGAGGAUAAAGUUGCUCUGCAGCACGCAAUUGCGCGUUACCACGCGUAUGUUUAUUUUGCUUCAAAAUCCAAACAAGUCAUGGAUCUUACCCUUCUUUCCUCUAGAUUCAUGGAUCUUAUGACGACCUCGCCUGCGUCUUUCUUUGUUCCUACCCUUGAUAUUGAUCUCGUGUGGCAUACUCAUCAGCUCAUACCCCAUAAAUACGGAGCUGAUUGCCAACGUUACGUGAAGCGGUUCAUUGACCACGAUGAUAAAGUAGAGAAUGUACAACUUGCGGCCGCCUUUGACAUAACGUGCAACGCGUGGAAGGAACGCUUCAACGUCAAAUAUACCUACUGCGGCUGUCCUCUUCCAGGGGAUACUAUCGGACAGAGGCUUUCUCGUCUAAUUAGUUUGACUCCCACACCCCAGCCGCCAUCACAGCUCGUACCCCCGGACCGCCCGGAUCUUCUCGCUGCAACGCAUGCCAGUGACCAUAACGCGGUUCAUUUUAAGCCCAAAAAUAAACGCGCACAUAUGAUCUCGGUACUCCGUUAUUCGCGGGCCACGCAGAAGCGCCAGAAGGUCCUCGCGAAAGCGGCCAAGGCAGCGCAGAAGGCGGCUAAGAAAGGGAGGGGUUUGCCAGCGUAUCGCGCGACGGUACCCUCCCACGCCGGGGCUUUCCUUAUUCCUGUACCAUUGGUUUUUGGUGGUUAUGGUGGUUAUGGCGGCGCUGGCCUUGGAGGAUGUGUGGCUACUGGGGCCAUUGUUGCUUGUGGGGGAGGAAUCACUGAUGUAUGUUAUAUGUUAUUGAGAGGAUACGUCACUAACUUAUAUAUGAUGAUCAGAGGAACGGUGCUUGUUCGAGUGCCGCUGGGUGUGGAGGGUGCGGAGGAGGUGGCUGCGGGGGAGGUGGAUGCGGGGGAGGUGGAUGUGGCGGAGGUGUGUCCUCGGGCGGGUGCGCAGGAGGUGCAGGAUGCACGGGUGGAGCCGUGGGUGGGGGAUGCGGUGGAGGGGGCGGAUGCGGUGGUGGUAAUGGGUGUGGUGGUGGUGAUGGUGGUGGCGGCGGAUGUGGUGGCGGAGGGGGAUGUGGUGGAGGAGGGGGAUGUGGAGGAGGAUGUGGAGGCGGUGCAGUCACCUGAAGUUGUUCAUCCUUCCCAGAGCAUACUGUUCUGCGGAGCCCGGACCGAGAUUUGCCUUGUGACGUCCGUGACUGAGCUACAUUGCUUGCCACUGGCCUCGACGUUGUCGAGCAAGAUCCUGAACACUGUAUAUCUUCAAAGCUUUUCGUUUGAUGAGAUUGACAUCGUCUAA